CGCUGAAUGUUCCCACUCUCGGCUGCCGCGGGGAAGGUGCGGCGUACUUCGUGUUCCGGCUGCCCGGGGUGGGCCUGAGCCUUUGGCUCUCCAGUGACGGGUGGAGGAGGCCGCAGGCUGUGGACCUGCUUGUUUCGGUGGCGGACUCGGCGAACUGACCUCGGCCGCUGCUCUUGCUGACCUUGGCCCAGGGUCGGAGCCGAUGGCGGCUUGGGCCGCUGUCACCUUGAGCAGGGCCGCUGCCCAGUGCUUGUGGGCGCGAGGCCCCGGGGUCCGGGUGGCUCUUCCGUGCUUCCUCCCGGCCUUCCAGCCUGAGCCCUCAGGCUGUAGCCCCUGUGGGGGCCGGACGCUGCACCUCACGGCAGAAGUCCUCGCCGGGCACAACAAGUGGUCCAAAGUCCGGCACAUCAAGGGUCCCAAGGACACCGAAAGGAGUCGCAUCUUCUCCAAGCUCAGUUUGAGCAUUCGCCUAGCGGUUAAAGAAGGAGGCCCCAACCCCGAGUUCAAUAGCAACCUGGCCAGCGUCUUAGAGGUGUGUCGCAGCAAGCACAUGCCCAAGGCAACAAUGGAGGCAGCACUGAAAAUGGAGAAAACCAAGGAUAUUUAUUUGUUGUAUGAGGGCCGAGGCCCCGGUGGCUCUUCUCUUCUCAUCGAGGCGCUGUCUAACAGUAGCUCCAAGUGCUACUCGGACGUCAAACAUAUCCUGAACAAGAAUGGGGGAAUGAUGGCUGAAGGAGCUCGCCACUCCUUUGACAAAAAGGGGGUGAUCGUGGUUGGAGUGGAGGACAAAGAGAAGAAAGCUGUGAAUCUAGAGCGUGCCCUGGAGCUGGCAAUAGAAGCAGGAGCUGAGGAUGUCAAGGAAAUUGAAGAUGAAGAGGAAACGAACAUUUUUAAAUUUAUUUGUGAUGCCUCUUCACUGCAUCAAGUGAGGAAGAAGCUGGACUCCCUGGGCCUGUGUUCUGUGUCCUGUAUGCUAGAGUUCAUCCCCAACACAAAGGUACGGCUGGCUGACCCUGACCUGGAGCAGGCUGCCCAUCUCAUCCAGGCUCUCGGCAACCACGAUGACGUGAUCCACGUCUAUGACAACAUCGAGUAGCCAGGCUGUACGUGCCCCCCGGCAGCCUGUUCUGGAGCACAAGCUUCUGCAGCGUCCUCUGAGACUCAAGCAGGUCAGGGCGGUGGGUGGUCUAGCAGGUUAGGAAGCAUACGACCUGUAGUUUGUGGUCAGCGGAAUCCCUGCACUUUUGUGAAGCCUCUUUGUCAGCUCUGCUGGUGUCUCAAUGCCCUCCCAGGUGAGUCCCUCCACAUCCUUCUGGAUGCAGAGUGAGGCCAGUCAGCUGGUCAGAUUCUGAUCUCAGGAAGUUGGCCCUUGUGGGGAUGGUAGCUGCCCUGAGGUCCCAUGUACUAGAAACUGCUCUU